GCAUAUAGAUCUUUGGCUAGACUUGAUGAAUCACUAAUUCGAGCUAAAGCAAUUUAUGAUAUGAGACAAGAAAUUACAUAUAAUCCAAUUAUUGAAGAGGCUGAUAUUACUGAUCUAAUUAUAGUUUCUAAUAUCAUUACAUCUAUUAGAAAAG